UUAUCUGUUGUAUUCAUUUUGUGGGUCUAAGUGUGGACACUACACAGUAGGAAGAGGAUACAGAAGGAGAUUAUAAAGUAUAUAUAAAUAGAGAGAGAUGGCAGGAGUAAGGAUAUUAAUGCUAACCCUCGGAGUGUUGAUGUUUGUGUGCCUCUGGGGAGCUACCGAGGCUGUAGGUGGUGCAAAGAGUCGGCCGAGACCCCAACGACGACCUCGCAAGAAGCCAAAGGUCGACCCUAUAGAUGUGACACCGCCUCAAAAGAAUGUAGACAUACAACAGAUGACAGGGACAUGGUACUUGCUCAACAUGGCUUCCAAAUGCUCCUAUCUAAUCAAUCACGGCACCAAAGUGGAACCGACACUCAUGACCCUCACAAUGUCCCCCACCUCAGACCAAUCACUGUUAGUUAAUACUAAAACUCGUCAUAAUCAUCAGUGUUGGGAAAUAAUGCAGAUGUACCAUUUAACUUCAACACCAGGACGGUUGACACUUCCAGGAACUCACCCUGACCUGAACAUCGAUAUCGUCAUUGGAGAAACAGAUUACACCUCCUAUGCCAUCAUGUAUUAUCAGAAACGAGGCAAGAUCACCAUGAAACUCUAUGGAAGGUCAGUUGACAAUCUAUUAGAACCAUUGCUGACCAAGUUUGAGCAACUUGCUGAAAAACAAGCUUUGGGACUGGCGUACCUUUUCCCGUUCCCUACCUACAGUCACUGUGGUGAUGUUGACCAGCAUCACAAAAUCAACUGUGUCCCUACAUGCUGAAACAGCAAAACAUCCAUCCAGCUGCAAACCAAACCAGUCUUAAUCGGUAUAAAUAAAUAGCUAACAAAUUAAAGACGAACAAUAAAAUAAAACGGACCCUGUAAUAUCGGUGCAUUACUCUGCAUGUUUUAUCCACCACCAACACAAUCAUAAUCAUAUCAUACCUACACUGCUGGCCAAAAGUAUUGGCACCCCUGCAAUUCUGUCAGAUAAUGAUUGCAAUUACAAAUGCUUUGGUAGUAAUAUUUUCAUUUAUUUUGCUUGCAAUGAAAAAAACAAUGAAAUCAUUAACAUUUUACAAAAAACAAAAAUGGGCCGGACAAAAGUAUCGGCACCGUUAGCCUAAUACUUGGUAGCACAACCUUUAGACAAAAUAACUGCGAACAACUGCUUCCAGUAUCCAUCAAUGAGUUUCUUACGAUGCUCUGCUGGAAUUUUACACCAUUCUUCUUUGGCCAACUGCUCCAAGUCUCAGAUUUGAAGCGUGCCUUCGCCAAACUGCCAUUUUCAGAUCUCCCCAGGUCUGGAUUCAUUGCUGGCCACUUAAGAAGUCUCCAGUGCUUUCUCUCAAACCAUUUUCUAGUACUUUUUGAAGUGUGUUUUGGGUCAUUGUCCUGCUGGAGGGAGACCCAGCUUUCUCACACCAGGCCCUACAUUAUGCUGCAAAAUUUCUUGGUAGUCUUCAGACUUCAUAAUGCCAUGAACACAGUCAAGCAGUCCAGUGCCAGAGGCACCAAAGCAACCCCAAAACACCAGGGAACCUCCACCAUGUUUGACUGUGUGGACCAUGUUCUUUUCUUUGAAGGCCUCAUUUUUUCCCCUCUUUAAACUAUGUUGAUGCCUUCUCUCAAAAAGCUCUACUUUUGUCUCAUCUGACCAGAGAACAUUCUUCAAAAACGUUUUAGGCUUUGUCAGGUAACUUUUGGUAAAGUCCAACCUGGCUUUUGUAUGUCUCUGGGUCAGAAGUGGAGUCUUCCUGGGUAUCCUGCCAUAGAGUCCCUCAUUCAGACGGUUGACACUGUUGUACCCUCGGACUGCAGGACAGCUUGAACUUGUUUGGAUGUUAUUCAAGGUUCUUUAUCCACCAUCCGCACAAUCUUUCGUUGAAAUUUCUCGUCAAUUUCCUUUCCGUCCAAUUCUAGGGUGGUUAACCAAAGUGGCAUGGGCUUUACACUUAUUGACGACACUGCGCACGGUAGACACAGGAACAUUCAGGUCUUUGGAGAUGGACUUGUCGCCUUGAGAUUUCCCAUGCUUCCUCACAAGAGUCCUAUGACAGUUCUUUGGUCUUCUUUCUUUUCUCCAUGGUCAAUACGGCACACACAAGGACACAGGACAGAGGUUGAGUCAACUUUAAUCCAUUUUAACUGGCUGCAAGUGUGAUUUAGUUAUUGCCACAGGUAGGUGCUCUUAAUUACACAAAUUAAAGAGGCAUCAAAUGAUUUUUCCAAAGGGUGCCAACACUUUUGCCUGGUUUUGUGUAAAAUGAUGUUUUAAAACAAAUUUCGAUUCCCUUUUGUAUUUUUUGAUUGCAAGCGAAAUCAAUGAAGAUAUUACUACCAAAGCAUUUUUAAUUGCAUUCAUUUGCUGGGAGAAAUUGAGCAUUAUCUGACGGAAUUGCAGGGGUGCCAAUACCUUUGGCCAGCAGUGUCAUUCCGCCAUUGUGUCUGUAUGUAUGAUGUAAUAAAACGCAAAUGGAAACCAGAUGUGCAAUUUCAAGGAAUUUGGAGAGUUUUGUUAUACAACGAUAACUUAUAAAACAAAA